AGACGGCAGUCCAUCUGCAAUGCAGGCGCUACCAAAAAUCGCCGAUUGGUUUAUUUUGACAUCUCCAUGGAAACUGAGACUGUAACGCAUGCUCUAUCGAUGCGCUACUAGUCCAGCGGAUAAGCUGGAAAAAACCCUAGAAUUGUUCAAAUUAAUGAAGAAAGCACCAAAUUUCCAGGAUAUACUGGUGAUAAUGUGUAGAUCAAUAAUUGCGAGAGACCCAAACUGGAUCCCCUCUGGAAAGACCAUAAUUUUAGUGACAAAUAUUUAGUGUCAGCAGUUGAUAUUGCGGGCUCAGUAUAUUAUGAAAAAUCCUUUUUAAGCACAAUUUUCCCACAAAAUCAAAUUAAGAAAUGUGUUAAACUAUAACCAACAUAUUCUCCACGUAUUUUGUACUAAGAUUUUUAGAUUAARCCACAUAAUACGCUAGAAUUAUUUGAAAUGGGUUACCUGUGCUUUUUGGAGGCCUGGGCGCUUAGCUAUCAAAAAUAUUUUCAAAAUGAGUUGAAAAUGCAGUGUUUCUAGUGCUGUUUUACGUAAAAACUUCGAAAAAUGUCUUUGAACAAUUGGAAACUAUGUUGUUUGUGUCAARUUGACACAAAAGAAAGACUUGUUUGUCCUAAAAUUGACUCUGAAUCCAGUYAUUCUACUCUAGCGAAAAAUAUUCGUAAAUUUCAAGAGCUUGGUACUGGUGUUCCUAUUCAAGUUCCUAUUGAACAUCUUGAUAAUGGCGAAGGCAUAGAAAAAACYCUGAUUUUCCACAGAGCAUGUUGGCAUAAGAAAUGUUUUGCUAGAUGUAAUACGCUGAAAUUACAAAGAGCCCAAAAGAGAAAGCGAGACCAUGAAGAGGACAAUGACAUAAGUCGUGAUGAGGAGCAAGUACAAAGUCCAGUCAAAAGAAGAUCUAGAGAUCGAAUUCAAGUAACAACUGUAAUAAAAUGCUUCUUUUGUGACUCAGAGACAGGAAAUCUGCAUCGAGCCUCGUCAUUAGAUCUUGAUAGGAAUGUGAAAAACGCAGCUUCUAAGUUAAAUGACUGGAAAUUGUUGGCAAAACUGGCAACCGGCGAUAUGCAUGCUAUUGAUGCUUACUAUCACAAGGACUGUCAUACAUCACUGUUUAAUCGUUUGAGGAGCGUUCAGGAAUCUCAGAGCAGUUCURCGGAUAAGAACGAAAAAGAAAUCCCAGCAGAAUCUGUAGCUCUCUCAGAACUAGUUCUAUAYAUUCUAGAAGCUACGGAGAAAGGCGAAGCUGCUUAUUUUAAGCUUUCUCAAUUGGCAAARAUGUAUGCGUCAAGUCUCGCACGGCUAGGUGAAUCAGUACCAGAAAGAGUGAACACUACAAGAUUAAAAGAAAGGCUUUUAAAUCAGCUUCCAAAGCUCCAGGUUUGUAAUGAUGGCAGAGACGUAAGAUWGGCAUUUCCUGGUGACAUCGGGGCAGCUAUAGAUUUCAUGCACUCCACAAGCUAUGAUGAUACGGCUAUGCAUUUGGCUAAAGCAGCUCACUUGGUGAGGAAGGAUAUGCUUUCUAAAGAUCAAAGUUUUACUGGUUCAUUUGAACCCAAUUGCCAGGUAGCAUCCAUUCCUGAUACCCUUUUGCGUCAUGUUAGUAUGAUACUUGAAGGACCAAAGGCUGGAAACAACCCAGAUGAACCAGCAUCAAUUGCAUCUGCUGCGUUAUCACAGCUUCUAAUCUAUAACUCGAUCAAGCAUGCUAGAACACAAAAAAGUAGUACAACUCGUCGUCAUGAUACCGCAAGAGAGUCGCCGAUAGCAAUUUACAUUGCUCUGGUUAUCCAUGCCGAAACCAGGAAAAGGACUCUAAUUGAUAAGCUCCACAAGCUGGGAUUAUGCAUAUCAUAUGAUAGAGUGUUACAGAUCUCAGCAAACCUGGGUAACAACGUUUGUAAACAGUUUGAGCAAGAAGGAUUAGUUUGCCCUCCAAAACUGAAGAAAGGCCUAUUCACUACAGGCGCAGCGGACAACAUUGAUCACAAUCCGAGUGCAAGAACAGCUAAAGAUUCUUUUCAUGGAACCGCAAUCACUCUAACACAGCAUCCUGAGUGUAAUUCUACAGGAGUUGAAAGACAUCCAGUGUAUCUAGAUCCAAACUCCCCAAAGACGAAGACUGUGUCUGAGUUACCUGAGAGCUAUACGAACAUUGCUCCUGUCUUCGAAGAGGCUAAAAAGGAUGUAUUUGUUCCUAAAACCGGCAGAGAAUGUAAACCAUCACAAGACAAGAUUACUGAGAGCAUGAAGGGUGAAUUCUCCUGGCUUGACAAGGUAGAGCAGCUUCUAGAACAAGAAAAGCUUGAAGAAAAGCAGUAUUUGUCUUGGUCAGCUCACUUUGCAGCUCUUCAGAAAAAUGCAUUAAGACCACGAGCGAUAACAUCCUUGCUUCCGCUGUUCGAAGAAAAAGCAAGUACAUCAGCAAUGAUACAGCAUUCGAUGAAAAUAGUGAAAGAUUCUACUCAAUUUUUAAAUCCAGAUCAAGUGCCCGUAAUCGCAAUGGAUCAGCCUUUGUAUGCUAUAGCUAAGCAAAUCCAAUGGAGCAAGUCUGAGCAGUUUGGAGAAGACAAAUACUUAGUUAUGAUGGGGGCACUACACAUCGAGAUGGCUUCUCUUAAGAUGAUAGGUCAUUGGUUACGCAAUAGCGGUUGGACCAGUGCUUUAGUCCAAGCCGACAUUACGACUGGGGGUCGAGCUGAUGCAGUUUUGAAAGCCAGUCACAUCACCAGAGCACGCUACGCUCAUCAAGUGAGUGCUUGUGCUUUAAAUGUUUUGCGUAAAAAAGCAUUUGAGGAAGACAAAAAGAAACCAAGUGACCCGUGGGAGAAAGACUUUGAGGAGUGGGUCCAGGCCAGAAAAAUAGCGCAUCCACAGUUUAUGUACUGGUCUUUGGCUCUGGAAUUGGAACUGCUUGUUUUGGAAUUCGUCAGAUCAMUCAGAGAAGGUAAGGUACUUUCAAAUUUAAUUCAUAGGGAAAAUAAUGAUUUCACAAAUAUUUGUUUAGGAAACUUUCCCGUCUACGUACAAGUACUUGGUAAACUUAUUCCCUGGAUGUUCGUGUUAGACCUAUCAAAUUACUCUAGAUGGCUGCCUGUGCACAUAAGAGAUUUGCUGGAACUGRAAAGAAAACAUCCCACCUUGCAUGCUGAGUUUCUUAAAGGACUGUUUGUAGUCCAGAAGACAGAGCACCGAUUUUCUAUGAUUGCUCUUGACCAGAACCACGAACAGGAAAAUGAAAUAAUCAAGGGUGAUGGUGGCGCAGUUGGCUUGACAGAGAACGAAGCAGCUCUAAGACGAUGGAUGGUUGCGGGACCAGAGGUGGCAAGAGUUGUUAAGGAAUUUGAAGUGUCAUUUGAAGCGAAAAAAGCUACCAGCACCGAGCACCAUGAACARACACUUUCAAUUCAGAAGAGCUUUUCCAAAGAUGUGACAUCACUUGUUAAUGUAAUCGAAGAGUAUGGGAACCCUUUUCUUGAAAAAAGUAAAGAUCUGAUUGUUCUUGACACUAAAGAAAUCAUGCCAGAACAGGUACGAAAAUCAGUGUAUGAAGCCAAAGAYCAAGGCGAAGCUCUUUAUAACAAGUUUGUAAAGGAGCGGCUAGAAAAGUGUACCACUGCACUGUCGGAUACCAUUCCUCGUACCAAUUUGUCUCUGUUUGGGACCUAUCAAGAAACUACUCCUGGCAAAAUGAAGUCAAAGGUUGCCUCUCUGAAGAGUGACUGUAACCUUUUUGCUAGGUUGUACAUAGCGUGCCAGUCCAGAGAAGGAAACUUACAAGAGUUUUUCAAGCAUGAAAAUAGUAGUUGUCCACCAUCCCUUUCGUGCGACAAUAAGAUGCGCAGUGGUCAGAAAUCAGACCUGAUAGGCUGUUUGCCAGUUACGGCGACAUCAGUAAAACCAGUUGUAGAUGUCAUAGUUCUUGAUGCUGCGGCAGUUGUGAACAUGCUUCCUCCAGGAAAGUCCAAAACAUUCAAGGAUUAUGCCACUCUUGUUUUUCUUCCCUACUUAUCAAAGCAAGCGCAAAGCGUGAAACGUGUAGACCUAGUGUUUGAUCGAUAUCUACCCAACAGUUUGAAGCAAUCCGCCAGAUUAGCAAGAGGUACAGGUGCAAGAAGACGAGUAUGCGAAAAUGCACCAGUUCCGUGUAACUGGAAAGUGUUUCUACGUUCAGAUGAGAACAAAACAGAGCUGUUCCAUUUCUUAGCCGAGUGUGCAUCAUCAAUGGAAACACAGAACGUAGCCAUCAUAAGUACCUUGGAUGACGAGAUAACAAGCUCGAAUCAAAUGGACAAAACAGGACUUGUACCAUCCAACCAUGAAGAAGCCGACUCACGAAUGCUACUACAUGUAAAGCAUGCAUCACUACAAGGCCACAAUAGAGUCAUGAUAAGAACUGUUGAUACGGAUGUAGUGGUUUUGGCCAUUUCAUUUUUUCAUAAACUGGAACUUCGUGAGCUGUGGAUCUUGUUUGGUGUUGGAAAGCAUCUGCGCUAUUUACCUAUCCACAGCAUCAUGCAGAAGCYAGAGCUAACAGAGAUGCAAUGUGAGGCCUUACCAUUUUUUCAUGCGCUCACUGGCUGUGACAGUGUUUCAUUUUUUGCAAACAUAGGCAAGAAAACGGCAUUUCACGCUUGGAAGUGCUUUCCUGAAGCAACACCGGUGUUUAGAUCCUUAUCCUCUCCAGUCGAGUCAGUAACUGAAGAUCAAGUCAGAAUCCUGGAACGUUUCGUUAUAACAAUGUAUAGCAGCACCUGCCCACAUGAAAAUAUUGAUGAAGCAAGGCAAUCUAUAUUUUCACAGGGCACAAAGACCAUCCAGCACAUACCUCCAACGAAGGCGGCAUUGAAACAACAUUUAAAAAGAGCUGUUUAUCAAGCAGGGCAUGUAUGGGGCCAAUCUCUGGUACCUUUGCAGGAGCUACCAAGUCCAUCUCAAUGGGGUUGGCAAAGUAUGCCAAAUGGAUGGGAGCCAUUGUGGACAACACUUCCCGAGGCAUCCAAGAUCUGUAAUGAACUUAUUCAAUGUGGAUGCAAGAAAGCAUGCCGAGGUCUUUGUAAGUGCACAAAGAAUGACCUCCCUUGCACUGCAUUGUGUCUAUGCCAGGGAAACUGCUACCAAGAAUAAUUUAAACAUUUGCAUUCACAAUUGACUUAUAGACAAACAAUUUAAACAACAACCUGAGACAAGUAGCGAACRACCUGAGAUAACAAGAAGCGAACAACCUGAGAUAACAAGUACCGAAAAAUCUGAGAGAGCAAGUAAUAGGACUUAGAUGAAACAUGUGACUUCCGUUCUUUUCUUCUAGUCA